GACGCCUCUGCCUGCAGCCGCCUGAACACACCGGAGGGGAGCACGCCGAGCUCCGCACUCUGACCCCCCACCAUGAACAUUGUCCUGUCCAGAGAUGCCCAGGUCAAGCUCAUGGAGAACACCGUCGCCAACGCCGAGAAGUACUUCGGCCAGUUCUGCUCCGUCAUGGCCUCCUACACCCGGAAGACGGCCAAGCUGCGGGACAAGGCGGACGAGCUGGUCAAGCAGCUGAUGGAUUUCGCCAACACGGAGAACCCGGAGCUGCGGACGGCCCUGAAGAACAUGGCGGAGGAGAUGGCCAAGAUCCAGGACUACCGGCACGCACAGGUGGAGCGCCUUGAAACCAAAGUGGUAAACCCAAUGAAAAUGUACGGUGCUCUGAUCAAGGACAAGCGGGCAGAAAUCAAGAAAUUCAAUACAGUGAGGAACAAGGAAAUAAAAGAGUUACAGAAGUUGGAGAAGCUGCGUCACCGGGCGCCAUCAGACCGCCACAUGAUUUCUCAGGCCGAAUCGAAUGCCCAGAAAGCGUCCGUGGAUGCCGCCAGAACCACGCAGCAGCUAGAGGAGGUCAUCGACAGCUUCCAGCAGCAGAAGAUUAAGGAUGUUCAGAAAAUCUUCUCGGACUUUCUGACAGUGGAGAUGAUCUUUCACGCUCGGGCUCUUGAAGUGUACACCGGCGCCUUCCACAGCCUGCAGGACUGUGACCUGGAGAAAGACAUGGAGGAUUUCCGGUCCAAGAUCCAUAUUAACACCGGAAUGCAAGAAGCCCGACCGGUCCAUGCAACAAACCUUUCCUCCAAUGCCACAUGGAGUACGAGCACCAUGAGUCUGCCCAGCAUCCUGCAGAGACAGCCACAUGUAGAAGAGGAGGAUAGUGAUGAGGAGACGGAGGAUGAAGAGGACGAGCAACCCACAAGAUUACAUUAUGCAAGAGUGAGAAAAUAAUCUAAAUGUCAAGACUGUUAUUCCCGUGUCCACAGUAAUCCU